AUGAAACCUGGGACCUCAAGACUGAGUGCACUUUCUGUGCGAUUCUCUGUGCCCUCUUCGGUCAGGUACGACCAUCACUACUACGCCUGGAACCACUGGGCAUGGCUGAACCGCUUUGCUGCAAGCCUGUCGGCCGACGCUGAAUCCCUGCUGGAGGUGAAGUUCCCAAAGUUGGCCUUCCAGACUCCAUCCCACUAUGGCCUUUUUCAUCAUCGGCUUGUCCGUUUACAGCGGCAGCUUGGCAAGAAGCAGCGUGCGGCGGAAGACCAAUGUUUCAGCGAGGAGCUGCAACUGGCCAGCAAACUGUUGGCCACAUUUCCUCAUCUCGAGGCACCUUGGGCCUUCCGUGUUCAGCUGAUCAGUCUGAUGUUGGAGUGCGAGGCUGAUCAAGAACUGCACGAAAUUGCUUCGACGUGGCGGUCAGAGGUUGAGUUCGCAUCAAGGCAUGUUCAUGCAUCGCCGCCGACCAGCAGGUGGGCCAUGCGAUUUCAGGUCCACGUGCUGCAGGAGCUUUGCCUUUGCAUGCUGGAGAAGAGGCCGGUGGAGGAUGCCGCUCUGCUAGAUGAUGCCCAGUCCCUGCUGGAGAGUCUGAAGGCAUCCAAGGCUGCCGCGCCUGCAGUGCUUCAGGGCAUCGCUGCUGACCUGGACGCAGCUGCCGUCGCCACAGCGUCAGAGAGCAGACAAAAAAAGGAUCCAAAGUUCGAGGUUGUCAGAAUUGGGAAUUCCUUCUACAGGAAACUCGUUGUCGACGAGAACCUAAAGUUCAAAUGCGAGGAGAAUCGCCGGUACUACGAGGAGGAUGAAGUGGAAGAGGAGGGCGAGCUUGAUGAGCAGCUGGUUUACGAGGGAGAUGAGUGGGUGUUCCGCAUGGAGAUGCCUGCCAUCUUUCACAAGUUUAUUGUCGGCUCACGGGCGAGGAACAAGCAAAAGCUUGAAAUGGAGUCAGGCUGCAAGAUCGUGGUGCCCAAGCGUGAGGAGAUGGAAGAUGCUGUUUACUUGAAAGCGCGGCAAAAGAGCAGCAUUUACAGCUGCAAGGCACUCAUAGAGCUACUGUGUGAGAAGGAGGAGGCCAAGUUGGAGUACACGCAUUUCAUAUCCGUCCCACUGGCCUACGACGACAAGUUCCGACAGCUCGUCGACGGCUUUCGCGAGGAUGUCGUGCUGCAGCGGUUCCAGGGCAUUGAUGCCUCCAUCUUCAUGCCCUCUCAGCGAAUGCACUUCACCCUGUGCAUGCUGAAACUGCACUCCCAUGCACAAGUGGAUGAGAUGAAGGAGGCCUUGAAGGACCUGUCAGCUCGUCUCUCCGCAACAUCCGACUAUGCUAGACCAGUGAUGGCACACAUGAAGGGCUUGCACAUCUUCACAGACGACCCAACCAGCGUGGGAGUCGUGUUCACAACCGAUCGGUCCAGGGAGCUGCAGAAUCGCAUGAACUCCAUGGCCGACUCGAUGUUUGAGCUUUUCCAGGCGCGGAAUUUGGUCUCGUCCCAGAGCUUGAUGUCACAGAGGCUUCUGUCCUCCGACGGACAGCAUGCAGAGGUCAAGCUCCAUGCCACUCUCAUGAACACAAAGUAUGCGCGGUCGCGCUUCGAUGACCGAGCCGCCCCAAGGGAGAACUUCGAUGCCAGCGUGCUCAUGGAGAAGUUCGGACAGGCACCUGGCAAGGAGCGCUGCUGUCUGUGGGACCCUGUCCAGGAAGCGGCCUCUGUGUGUGCAUGUCGCUCCGCAUGCAGGCCCUGCAUCGACAUCCACAAUGGGCAGGUAAAGCAAAUCGUGGGCGGCACUUUGAAAGACAACUCAAGUUCGCUUGUGACGAAUUUUGAGGCUACUCAGCCGUCAAGUUGGUUCGCAGAACGGUACCGCGAUGACGGUCUCGGCGGCGGGCACGCCAUCAUGCUGGGUGCAUCAGAUGCGAAUAAAGCCGCGGCUCUCGAAGCUUUGAAGGCAUAUCCAGGUGGCCUCCAGGUCGGCGGUGGAAUCACUGCAGAAAAUGCCAUGGAGUAUAUCGAUGCAGGAGCCAGCCAUGUGAUCGUCACAUCUUAUGUCUUCCAUGAUGGGAAGGUAGACAGAGAGAGGCUGGCUGCUUUGGUCGACAAAGUAGGCCGGGCACGCCUGGUCCUCGACCUGAGCUGCAGACGAGUGCCAGAUGAGGACAAGGACAAGCCGGUGUACAAGGUAGUGACAGACCGCUGGCAGAAAUGGACAGACCUGGAAGUCUCUGAGGAGACUCUCAAAGACCUCGCUGAGCACUGCAGCGAGUUCCUUAUUCAUGGAGUCGACGUGGAAGGGCUGCAAAGCGGAAUCGAGGAGCCCCUUGUCAAGCUGAUGGCAGCUUCGCCAAUUCCAGUAACGUACGCCGGAGGAGUCCGAUCCUUGGAAGAUAUGGAAAGGAUACGAGCACUAGGCCACGGCCGGGUGGAUGCGACAAUAGGCAGUGCUUUGGACAUCUUCGGUGGCAAACUACCGUACAAAGAGGUCCUUCACUGGCAUCGCGAACAAGAGCAAAAGGAAAAAGAAACAGAAAAAGAAAGAUAA